UUCCAUUUGGGGUCAGGUCUGCGACUGUAGGGCAUUUCGAGUAUGACUAUAGUUGCUGCUUAGUAGCCAAGAAACAAGAUGAAUAGUCGAGAGAAAAGUGAAAGUUUGGCAGAAGUGAACGGCACAGUGGCCUAUCAACAUCUCCUGUAAGAACGCAAUUUCUCCCAGGGCAUUGGAAUUUACUGUCACGCAUCACUUUGACAUCCAGUUAGUCAACAAAAGAUGCAGAACUCAUGAUUCACGUCGCAGUAUCCAACGCACAGGAAACAACUUGGUUCAAUGAAAAUUCUUGUCGUCCAAAUUGUCGAGUUUUAGCUCAACCAAUCGUGUGCUUUUGUGACCAUGGAUAACUAUACUCCCGUAGUGAUUUUCGCGUUUAUCGAAUGAUAAUAUUCUGAACUCUACUAAUUGGGGGGCACCAACUGCUCAGUUGUGGCCUAGGACACCACACGCCAUUGCAUUCCAUGCGCCUUAUAAUUUUCAAAUUCAAUAUAGUCAAGAGUGCGUAUAGAGCUAUUAACCAUAAAGAUUAAGUGGAAAUUCUAAGAUGGAGUUUCUCAUUGGAUGUUUGACUCUCUUUUCUACGUUAUUUUUGAUCGCAACUUUGAUCGUUUAUUCUAUUCAUGAAAAAAUGCGCAACAUCCACGCUGUGAACGUUAUGUGUUUUUUGGUCUCAUUGACCGUCAUGAACAUCUCUUUGGCCUUACGUUUUCUCGUUAAAGUCCUUGAUAUUCCGACCGGUCUUUGUUCUACAAUAGCAAUUUCACAGCAUUUUUCCUUUAUCGCCACUUAUUCUUGGCUCAACGUCGUGUGCUUUGGAGUUUGGCGGAUGUUUAGUUCCAUUAGACCACCGACUCAGACACCCAUCUGGAGCAAACGGUUUUUCUAUUCUUCCGUUUACGGAUGGGGGAUUCCGUUAGUCAUCGUGGUCGUCGGACAAAUCCUCCAACACUGCGAUGUGCCAGAUUACAUCGUUAAACCGGGAUUUGCGUCAGACGAAUUGUACUGCUGGUUUGAUCGUAACGAUAGAGAGCCAUUAAUUGCGUAUUUGUACGGACCUAUAAUUGCCAUGAUCGGAGCCAACUGUAUCAUGAUUAUUUGGGCUGGGAUCAAAUUUUGCCAGAGAAGCGUGGAAUCGUCACAAGUGACCAACGUUUCCCGUAAUAAACAAAGGUUUAAAGUGAUUCUGAUUCUUUUUUUGCUGAUGUGUAUGCCAUGGUCAAUUGGCAUAAUUAUUUUCGUGGCGGGUAUCAGUUUCGACUACCAGGUUCACCAGGUUAUGAGAAUUUUCAACAUACUGUGGCCAAUUUUCAUUUUCAUCAUCUUCGUCUGUAAGCCGAGUGUGUGGAAGAUGUUUAAACUCAAAUUCCCGCGGCUGAGUCCCUUCACCUCCACCUGUGAAAAAAUUAGUUCCCGCAUAAUCCCCAAGAAAAUCAACCGCCAUCAACCUGCUAGUCCUGAAGGAAGCUGCAAUUCCAACAUGACUGGCAGCAGCAGUAAUAACAAAACUUCCCAGCUAACUCUAACGUCCGAAUCGACGGACUCGAUUGAUGUCCCGAAACAAGUUUUUGAAUUGCCUUUGACGAGGUCAUUGUCUUCUGCUUUCUGAGUAAAAGUGAUGGG